CCAGAUCAAGGGAGACCAGAGAUCCACAUGCUGCCUCUGCCUGCCGUGUGUCCAGCAAGCACACGGCUCCCCCUGGAGCGAAUGCGGGGGGCGGUGUCUGGGGGAAAAGGCCAGCCCCUCCCAGGUGCCGUUGCUCAGGUAGACAGUUUCACCCAGGGCGUCUCCAGGUCGCCAGGGACAUCUGCUUCCAGCCAACAGCGUUCCUUUGUCCCCAUAGCAACAGGGUCCUGCACUCCUGUUUCCAGGGAAACCCAGCUCUCAGCGUCCCGACUGCCACAGCAACGCCUACGGGCUCAGCGGGCCAUACCGUCUCACCCACAGGGCGAGGGCAGCUGGGUGCCCAGGCUUGGGUCGCAGGACUGCAGAGCCAGGUGCCACACAGGUGUGGGGCCCAUGCACCAAGGAAGACCCUGGCCAGCUGGAGGAGACUUGCCGGGGAGCAGAGCCCGGCCUCUGGGGUCCUGUGUUCUGGGCUGCAAUGAGCUCUGCCUCCAGCGAGCCCGGCAAUGGGGAUGCUUCCCAAAAGCCCCUACUGGGGCUGGACGUCGUGAUCCAGCAGGGGUACAGGAGCUGACAGCCACCAUGGCCCGAGUGCAAGACGAGAAUGAGCUCCUGCAGGAGGAGCUGACCCGGCUGGGGGACCUGCUGGCCCAGGCCGGCGCCGAGCGAGAUGAGCUGGCCAGCAGGUGCCGUCUGGUCAGUGAGCAGCUGCAGGCCCGGUUGGAGACCACCGAGGCUCAGCUGCGGAGGUCGGAGCUGGAGCACAGCGUGGAUCUGGAGGAGGCCCUUGGCCGUCUGGAGGUUGCCGAGGAGAGGAGCACCGGCCUCUGCCAGGUGAACGCGCUCCUGCGGGAGCAGCUGGAGCACAUGAGGAAGGCCAACGACGCGCUGGCCCGGGAGCUGGCUGGGACGACGGGCAGCGUGCAGCGCCUGCAGGGCGAGCUGGAGCUGAGGCGCUGGGCCCAGAGACAGCUGCUUUCUCUCGGCACGUUAAAGAUCUGCUUUCUCCUUCUCCUUCCGCUGCUGCCGUUGAGAAGUCAGCUUCCAGGCUGCCUGGAUUCUGACUGGCUCCUUAUCAAGACCCGGCCAGGGGGCCUGGGGAAGCCCCGGGACCUCCUUCUCCUGUGGAGACAGGCCGUGGUGCUGGGAACAGACCUGGCGGAGCUGCGAGCAGCCACUGAGAGGGGCCUCGCUGACCUGCAGGCAGACAUGGCCAAGACAGCCCGCCGCCUGCACACUGCCUGCCUGAACCUCGACUCCAACCUGCGACUGUCGGCCAGCAGCACGGCCAGCACCCUGGGGCAGCAGCUUCGGGACAAGGUUGGGGAGAUGCUGCAGCUGCAGGUCCGCUGGGAUGCAGAGAAGGUGGCGCUCCAGGCCAGACUCUCGGAGCAAACGCUGCUGGUGGAGAAGCUCACAGAGCAGAAGGAGCAGAAGGCGAGGACCAUCGCUGCCCUCAGAACCGACCUACAGAACCUGGUGGCCCAGGAGGAAGCCCAGUGCCUGGAGCUGACAUGGAGCAGCAUCACUGAACUGGGGGAGCCACGGCGCCCACUGAAGAGCCCCCAACGUGCCACAUCCCCACGUCAAGGGGCGUCCCCACCACAUACCCACUCCCCAGCCACCCUGGACCCUGCACUGCAGGCCGUGCGGGCAGCCAUCGAGAGGCAGCGGCGGCGGGAACAGCAGGAGCUGUGUCUGCAGCUGGAGUCCUCCCAGGCACUGGCAGCUGGGCUCCGGGAGCAGCUGUCCGAGUGCCGGCAGGAGCUGUGGGCUGCACAGAAGCUCCAGCAGGAGCGGGCUCGGGAGCAGGCACGGGAACGAGAGGCCCUUCGGGGCCAGCUGGAGGCCCAGAGGCUCGAGGUGCAGCAGUGCCGGGUGUCCUGCAAGCUCCUGGGGAGGGAGAAGGCUGCUCUGGAGAUGGUGGUGGAGGAGCUGAAAGGGAAGGCAGAUGCUGCAGAUGCGGAGAAGCAGGGGCUGGAGGCCGAGGCCACGGAGCUACAGAGAAGCCUCCUGCUGCAGGCAGAGCGGAGGGAGGAGCUGGCUCUGCAGAGGGAGCGGAGCUGCAGGGCACUGGAGACCAGUCAAGGCCGCCUGCAGCAGCUGGAGGAGAAAGUCUCUGGGCUCAGAGAGGAGCUGGCAUCAGCCCGGGAGGCACUGAGCACAGCACAGCUGCAGCGGGAUGUCGUGGAGAGCGAGAGGGAGGGCUUGCGCAGCGCCCUGGCGCGGGCCGAGUGCAGCAAUGCGGACCUGGAGCUUCUUGUGAGGCGGCUGAAGUCAGAGGGAGUGGAGCAGAGGGACUCGCUGGCUGCAAUGGCCGCCUUGAUGGAGGCGCUGGCUCAAGACAAAAGUGACCUGAACCACUUGACCCUCCAGCUGGAGCAGGAGCGGGACCAGCUGCGGGAGCAGCAGAAGACUCUGGAACAGGAGCAGGUCCGGGCCAGGGAGCAGCUGGCACAGGCGGAACAGCAGCUGGUGCUGGAGCAGGCAGAGCGCAGGGGCCUGCAGCAGGCCUGUGGGCGCCUGGAGCAGCAGCAGGAGCAGCUAGAGGAGCAGGCAGCCCUGCUGGGGCAAGAGAAGGCCCAGCUCCAGGAGCAGGUGGGCCAGGUCACAUGCCAGAAACAGGCCCUGGAGGAGCAGCUGGCUCAGAGCCUGCAGGACCAGGAGGUCCAGAUGGACACUCUGCAGCAGGCCCUGCAAGACAAGGAUGCUCUGUCUGAGGAGCGGGCCCAGCUGCUGGCCAAGCAGGAGGCCUUGGAGAGGCAGGGCCGGCUUGCAGCUGAAGAGGCAGCUGAUCUCAGGGCGGAGAGGGACUCCCUGGAGAGCAGCCUCCGCGAGGCCCAACAGCUGGCCACGAAGCUGCAGGAGCAGCUGGAGGAGGAGACCCAGAGCACGGGACUCACUCGGCAAGCCUUGCAAGUGGAAAUGGAGCAGCUACAAAGUGACUGGGAGGUCCAGGAGAUGAAGCUGCGGCAGGACGCGGGGCGGCUCCAGCGACAGGUGGCACAGCAGGAGCGGGAGGCACAGCGGGCCCUGGAGAGCCAGGCGUCAGCUCACCGUGAGGCCCUGGCACAGCUCCAGAGGGAGAAGGAGACCCUGAGCCUGUCCCUGGCAGAGGAGAAGGAGGCAGCCAGAUGCCAGCUGGAGCAGGAGAAGGAGCUGGUGACAAAAAGUGCAGCCGAGAGGGAGGCUCUGAAGGGGGAAAUUCAGAGCCUGAAGCAGGAGCGGGACGAGAGCCUUCUCCAACUGGAGCACAAGAUGCAACAGGCCCUGUCCCUGAAAGAAGCAGAGCUGAGCCUUCUGAGCGAGGAGCUCUCCAGGGCCAGGAGGGUGCUGGAGCGGGUACAGCAGGAGGCACAGAGCCAGCAGGAGCAAGCACAGGCCACCAUCAGCUCCACAACCGAGGAGCUGAAGGCCCUCCAGGCCCAGUUUGAGGAUGCCAUCACGGCCCAUCAGAGGGAGACCACGGCCCUACGCGACAGCCUCCGGGACCUAGCGGCCGAGCGGGGCGAUGUGGACAGAGAGGCUGAAAGGCUUCGGGCACAGCUGACCAUGGCCCAGGAGGGACUGGCUGCACUGCGCCAGGAGCUGCAGAGCAUCGAGGAGAGCCAGGAGGGGCUGCGCAGGGAGGCCCGGGAGGCCCGCCAGGCACUGAGCGACGAGGCCCGCGAGAAGGACGUACUGUUGCUUUUCAACAGCGAUCUGCGAGCCACCAUCUGCAGGGCCGAGCAGGAGAAGGCCAGUUUUAAGCGGUCCAAGGAGGAGAAGGAGCAGAAGCUGCUCAUCCUGGAGGAGGCCCGGGCGGCAUUGCAGCAGGAGGCCAGUGCACUGCGGGCCCGCCUGUGGGAGCUGGAGCAGGAGCGGGGGGACGCCCGUCAGGAGCUCCAGGAGCUCCACAGACAGGUGAGGACGCUAAAGGCUGAGAACCAGAGGAGGAGUGGAGAGGCCCAUGAGCUGCAGGUGCAAUGCUCGCAGGAGGUGCUGGAGCUGCGGAGACAGGCAGCCAAGGCGGAGGCCAAGCGCGAGGGUGCCCAGAAGGAGGUGGGAGGGCUGCCUGUGCUCAGAAGGGAAGGAGCUGGGUGUCGGGGAGCAGAGGGAGAAGGCCCACCCCACUUCCUCACUGUCUCCCAUGGGCGCACCCCAACAUCCCUCCUACAGGUCCUGGGGCUGCAGAGGAAGUUGGCAGAGGUGGAGGCCGCAAGGGAGGCCCAUGGACAGCGGCUCCAGGAGCACCUCCAUGAGAGCCGGGGGGCUGAGCAGACCCUCCGAGCAGAGCUGCAUCGUGUCACCAGGAAGCUGCAGGAAGCCAGCGGUGUGACUGAUGCUCUCCAGGCUCGCCUGGACCAGGCCUGUCACCGAAUCCACAGCCUGGAGCAGGAGCUAGCCCAGGCUGAGGGUGCGAGGCGGGACACGGAGGCCCAGCUGGGCCGGCUGUGCUCCACACUCCGCCGUGGCCUGGGGCUCUGGAGACAGAGCCUGUGGGUCUCCCCGGAGCAGCCUGGUUCCCCCACCAAAGGCUCCGACAGCUCCCAGGCUCUCCCUGGGCACCAGGGUGCUAGCCCCCCAGCUAGGCCCCACUCGCCCCUCCGAUGGCCCUCGCCCACACCUGGAGGCCGCAGCUCAGAGCUUGUGGAUGUGGCCACUGUGCAGGACGUCUUGCGGGACUUUGUGCAGAAGCUCCGGGAAGCCCAGCGGGAGCGGGACGACUCCCGUGUCCAGAUGGCCACCCUGAGCAGCCGGCUGAGCGAGGCGGAGUGCAGGUGUGCCCGGGCCCAGAGCCGUGUGGGGCAGCUACAGAAAGCCCUGGCUGAGGCGGAGGAAGGCCGGCGCCGGGUGGAGGGUGCUCUGAGCAGCGCCCGGGCAGCGCGUGCCCUGCAGAAGGAGGCGCUCCGCAGGCUGGAGAUGGAGCACCUGGCGAGUGUGCGUGCAGCAGGCCAGGAGAAGCGGCGGCUGCAGGAGCAACUGGACACGCUGCAUCAGGCCCUUGAUGAGAGCAGGAGGCACAAUCAAGGCCUGGCCAAGAAGGGGAAGCUGCUGGAGGAGCAGCUCACCAACUUGGAGCACAGGUGCCAGGAGGCUGAGGGAUCGCUGGAGCCCCUGCGACAGGUGCUCUGGCGGCGGCAGCAGCUCAGCGGGGGGCAGGAGGCGGCCGAGGUGCAGGCAGAGAGGCGCGUCCUGCAGGAGCAGCCGGCGGCACUGCGCACCCAGCGGUUGCGUCUGCAGGGGGAGCUCGCUGCGCUGCGCGCUCAGCUCGCACAGACGGAGCAAGAGACAUUGAAGAGGGAGGAGGAUGUGGUGAGGCUGGGAGCUGAGAAGGAGCAGCUGGACCAGUCUCUGAACAGCCUGCACAAGGAGGUGGAUGGAGUCCGGAGGCAAAAUCAUCAGCUGCAGGCCCAGAUGGAAGAGAUGGAGCAGGCCCACACCCAGCAGCUCCGGGACCUGGCGGCCCAGCACCAGCGGGACCUGGCCACAGAGGCAGAGUGUCUGCACAGGGCCCGGUCGCAGGCCACGCAGGCCCUGGAGUCCCAAGAAUGGACCCACCAGCAGCGGGUGAAGAUGCUGGAAGAGCAGGUGGCCGGCCUGAAGGAGCAAUUGGACCAGGAAGUGCAGCGGCGGCAACAGGCCCACAUCGACCAGGCCUUCCAGACAGGACCGUGAGGCCUGCUGCACACCACCCAGCAGCCUAGCCGCCUUCAGCCCGGACUGGCCUGCAGGGGGCCCUGGGGAAGGUGCUGGAGGCCCUGGGCUGCUGGGGGAACCACUGUUGGGAAAACCAAUGCCGUGUGCUCUGCACAAGAGAGACAAAGCUCAAAUGGGGUGGGCACGAUGCCAGCAGAAAGCACAGGGUCCAGGUAGCCACCAGCCGGGCCACCACUCACUCCUCAGGGUCCCCAGGCAGUGGCGCACUCUGAGCCCAUUGGCUGCAGAGCUCCUCUGGCCCCUGGGGACUCGGCCUGCAGCUGGUGCUGGACCACACUGCGGGUCGUUCAUCGCUGACAGCCCCUUCCGCUCCGGCAGAGAGCAGGCGCUUGGGCAUCCUCACAGCCUGCCCCCGCCUGGCACUCCAUUUCCACUUUGGAGGAGCUGGUCUGGCCAGACCCCCGGGGCCAGGCCCCGUCAGGCUGGCUUCCCCGGCUUCAUUCCGUGCCCUCAGCUCUGUAAACACAGGAAAACACGUGGAAAACAUUUCCAC